GUGUGAAGUACCAGCGUGGCUUUGAGAGCGGCUUUGCAGAUGGCAAGAAGGAGGCGCUGCGGCUGCGACAGGUGACAUCGCACUACAGCUGGAGCGACUAUGCCUUCGACCUUGUGACGGAUGUGGUGAUUCUGAUGCUUGUCCUUCUCGGCUUCGGCCGUCUUGAGCGGUGCUUCUAUCGGACCAAGGAGCCACAGGAGCUUGCAGCACCAGGUGCACAAGAAGUCCAGGAUCCUCGAGCGAACUACUUCUCUGCAAAAGCCGUGACGCGAGCGUACGACGCUUCUGUCCACCACGAGAACCAUCCGAACCAUCCUCAUUCCUGA